AUCACUCUAAUAAUGUCGAGAUUGUUUACAAAUAAUCUGACCUCUUUAAUGUAACUUAACUCACAAUAUGAGUAUUCUGAACGUUGCCAAAGGAGUCAAGUCAGCUGCAAGCUCUCUCGCCUCGAGUAUAACUUCAGUUGAUAAGCUAGACGAAGAAGAGCUUGAACUCCUCACUCUUUCGAGGCAUGSUUCGAGGGAUGAUCUCUUUGACAACGAGUAUGCAGAAAAUGACGAUUUAUCUGAAAGUCUUGAGGACGACUCAUUUGAGAAUGAUGCAUCAAGCUCUCAGACAUUGCUGCAAAAUGAGGCUAUUCAGCACCAGAAGGAAUCUCUCCAUCAUGCUGCUUUUGUKGGGAACUUAGAUAUGAUGCAUAGUCUUGUUAAAUAUAGAGUUGAUAUCAAUGGACGAGAUAGCUUUGGCCAGACACCUCUACAUUGCUCGAUUCUUGGACAGCAGUUAAAAGCAACUCAAUUUCUUUUGGAUCAUAAAGCAAAGGUCCAUGUUUUGGACCACAAGCAAGAUUCACCUAUUCAUGCUGCAGUACGUACAGGGAACAUCAAGCUGUUGGAGGAAUUACUGGUUGAUCCAAGGAUUGAUAUCAACUUCAAUGGCAGAGAAAAGGUCACUGCAUUGCAUGUUGCUGCACAAAUGGACCAUGAGAAGUCACUAGAAAUAUGCCAAAUAUUGUUGUUGUCAGGUGCUGAUAUCACUGCAAAAGACAUCAAUGGCAGAACACCUUUAUGCCUGGCUGUUAUCAAAGGUGCCCAGGCAAUCACUGACUGUCUAUUCCGCCAUGCACAAGCUAAAAAGAAUUGUAGGAUKGAUGAACUUCUCUAUAAUGUAGACCAAAAUGGCAGCAACAUAUUGCAUUUUGCUGUUGACACAGGACAACUACAGWUGGUUGAGAUCUGUCUGUCUUAUGGAGCAAGAGUUGAUAGAAUUAAGGAAUCUGAUGGUACGACUGCUGUUCACAUGGCUUGCACUUAUGGUUCACUCGAGAUCCUCAAAGCAUUACUGAAGUCUGUUUCCUUUGUGUAUUCGUAUUCACUGCCUGACAAACAAGGACUGACUUGUCUGCACAAAGCAGCAAUGUAUGAUCAUAUAGAAAUWAUAAAGUUCCUAAUAAAACAGGGUAUUGACUUAAAUGACUUGGACCAUGAUCARCGUACACCCCUCUUAYUAGCAGCAUCACGUGGAUGUACAAGYGCAGUCGAGCUGCUGUUGGAAGAGGGUGCUGAUUCURCUCURAAGGAUGCUAAACUCAGAACUGUYCUUCAUUGUGCUGUGGGACAUUCAGAAACACUCACUGCUUUGUUGAAGCAUGUUAGCGUACGUAACAUGAUGAACACAGUUGAUGAACAAGGAUCAACUGCUUUACACUAUGCAGCGCAGGGAGGCUUCUUAAAGAAUGUGUCUCUACUACAACAGCGCUGGACUCGCGACCGCGGAUCUAACAAGUAUUCCAACAGAAUACGAAACCACAAUGGGGACCUACCGCUGCACUUGGCUGCGAGGUAUGGAUGGAUUGACGUUGCUAAGAAACUGCUCCAAUCACGAGACUUCCGUCAAAUCGACAUCGCCAAUGACCAUGACAAAACACCUUUGCAUUGCGCAGCUGAGGAGGGGCAUAGUAACAUGGUAGCCGUACUGCUGGACCACCAGGCCAGUGUAACUAAAGACAGAGACGGUAAGACACCACUCCACAUGGCCGCCGCCAAGGGAUCGUUAAAAUCAGUUGUAAAAAUUGUACGGGCCAAGCCAAGAAGCAUCAAUGAAGUUGAUAAGGAUUUGAACACCGCUCUUAACUUGGCGUCACAAGCAGGCCACGCCCAUAUUGUCUGCUAUCUCCUGUCAAUYAAAGAACAAAACGUCACUCUCAAUGCGUUCAACCAGAACGUUCUUGACGUAGCAGUCGCCAAUGAACACGCUGAGGUUGCCAUGGCGUUAGCGGAACAUAAGAGAUGGAAGGAUGUCCUGAAUCGAGCUGCACGUGGCGCGGAAAGCCAAAUACAGCUUCUUGUAAGAAGGCUGCCGCACGUAGCUGAGCGUUUUCUUGAUAACUGUAUCACUACCAAUGGAUCACCUGACAGUCCUGCUUACAAGGUAUCGUAUGAUUUUCAUUUUCUACAAGGAAUGCCUGAGGAGAACGACUAUUCUUUUUGCUCCUUGGAUGCACUAGAGACGAUGGUCAGAUACAAAAGACUGGAAUGUCUAACUCAUCCAUUGUGCCAGGCGUUCCUCGACAUUAAAUGGCGAAAGGUCGGUCUUAACGAAGUGAUACCACAAUUCGUAUUAUUCUUUACCUAUAUUUUGUCUCUGGGAUGCUUGAUUCUAUUCCAGCCGUGCGGACGACCCAACGACUACAAACAUCUUGAUCUUAAUUCAACGUGUGUACCAGGAGACAUUAUCUACUAUGGAACUUGGGUAAGUUAA